AUGUUGAGGUCUGUACAGUCUCCAAAGUCUCCUCAAGAUGACCAUCUACGACACCUCCUCGACCAGCGUGCUGCUCGUUCCGAUAUGCACCACCGCCGGUUCCCGUCCUUGACAGACUUGUCCGACUCCCCCUCUGUCUACUCCCACCCCUACUUCUCCCCUCACCCCGUGGAUAGAGCUGAGCUUGAGGCCAACGCCGACGCGUUCGAUUUUGCCAUCCCCGCCCACUACCGUUCUCUCAUGGCUCACGGACCCCGCACUCCCGGGCGCGAUCGCCAACGGCUCGACGACCCCUCCGCCAGUACCUUGGACCUCGACGCCGAUUCCACGGACUCUCGUCCGGCCUCCCCUCUAUAUGAUGACGACCGCUCCCCACCCUACCUCGACGACGACACGGAGCCUAUCCCCCGCAUGAGCAUGCUCGGCCCCAAGAUGAAAUUCCACUCCCCCGCCCCAUGGGAGACAGAGGAAGACCCAAUCCAGGAGCAAGAUGAACCCGACGACGACGCUCGUUCGUUCAUCUCGAAGCGCGGACGCAUUCGUACAAAGGGUGAGGGCUUCAUGAAAGGCUUCGGCAUCGGCUCCUCCACGGCUAGAGGCAGCAGCGCUACACGACCGAGCGCCGAUUCUUCCCGCUCUAGCGACAAGGACAAGAGCUCUUUCGAGACCACAUCGUCUCAUGCGCAGCCCCAUCAUAGUGCAUUGCACGCCUUAGCUCAAGCAUCUAUGUCGUCAACGUCGUUAGCUGUUGCCCCUUCUUUUGCCGGUCAGGGCCAUUUGCGGAACAAAUUUUCCAUUCCACGAGUCCGCACAAGGACGAUAUCCAACUCUGUGAAAACCUUGCAGCCUCCCGCUUCAAGUCCUCCCACCAACACUCUUUCAGAUAACGCUUCUCCUAUUCCACGCGCGUCGUCGCCUGCACACUCUGUGUUUUCCAACUAUCUCUCCCGCACAGAUACCCGUACAUCGUCCCGGCCGAAUUCUCCGCAAUCUUUCACCCGGCACCCAUAUGCCAACCCAGACCUGGUAUAUGAUCGGGAAUCAGCCUAUACACCCCCUACUCGCACUCAGUUUCAGGACAUCCCAUCAGUUGAUUCUGCUGCAACUUUGCCUGAUACCAACACCACGAGGAGCUCAUCGCCUUUCCCAUCGGCAUCAGUGAUCACUGUAACAAUGACCCCGGAUUCCUCGUCCUCAUCUGUUGGAAACGGGAGUACUGAUGUCUCGUCAAAACAAUUAGUUGCGAGUCUCCACGGGAGGACCAUCUCAGGCCCCAUCCCUGUUGAGACUGCCUUGCGCACUACCCCAAGCGACGCAAGCGCCAAAUCGAGAAGAAGAGAAACGAGACUACCUCCGCCUGCCAGCAUGAACCAACUCCCUACUUGGGCUGAUCUUCCAGCGUCGCCCACAUUUACGCUGAUUUCGCUAGAAGAAGCUCAGGCACAGGCGAGAGAACGUGCACGCAGCGUGACCGUGAACGCGACCCUUAGUGCCAACAGAGCGCCCUUUCUGGAGACGGAGCCGCCAUCACGACACAGUCCUAGUGGGCCUACCACCGGUCAUAGGGUGCGAGCUCGUUCUACGAGUGCGGGAUCUAAAGGGAAAAUUGCAUUGCAAAAUAUGCAAUCUCUUACGGGAAGCUCGCCGCCGAGCUUGCCUAGGGCGGAGCCGGAGGUCCGCCCAACCACUGGUGGUGCACCGCCUCGACUGAAGCACAAGAGAAGUGGCUUCAUGCGGUUGUUCAACGGAAAGGAGAAGGAAAAAGAAAAGGAGUAUUCGCCACCUCCCGUACCGUCGCUUCCAGAUACUUCUAUCUCGUCAGGCCCACUUGUCAAAACCCCCAAGCCCACCACAUCGCGCGUACCGGUGCCUGCCCUAUCACCCUCGCUGCUGUCGCAUAGUGGAGGCUCGUACUUUGAAAGGGUGAUAUCCGACGUUUCUAAGGGUGACGAAGAACAGCCACUCUCGACAAAAGUUCGGCGCAACAUGCCUGCAUUGUCCAUCAUUCCUCCGUCAGAGACCUCUUUGCGUGUGCCCUCUAGCCCUAUGUCGACGCAGACGGACAACCGCAGCAGAUCCACCCUGCGCCCUGACCACAGCGAGAGGACAGGUUUUGUACCCGCCAGCGCUCCACCCUCCACAACUGAAUUUCCCAGUCUCAGCCUCCGACCCGUUUCUACUAUAUUCAGCGCUCACUUUGCCCAACACCUGGUCGAGAGCGAUUUGGGUAUCGACACAGAGCCGGAGCUGGACACAUCCACAUCGACCAGCGGGUUUUCCCCGCUCAGCCCAGACUUUCCUCUACGUUCAUCCGACGGUAAGGGUGCACCGCCCCAAAUUGUCACACAGAGGGAUGCGUCAGCAAUCAUCCAGUCGCUGCAGGACCAGAUUGCGACGUCUCGAAAAGCAUGGCAACGACAGGUCUGGGAACUAGAAGGCCGGGUGCGCGAUCUGCGCUCUGAGGUGGAAGAGCUGCGCGCCAAAGAGGCCGAGGGCGAGCCGUGCGAUAAGUGUGGGCGCGGCCUAGGACGUUCAGGAGAAACGUUCGAUUCUCGUCCUAGUGUGGUCAACCGACCGCGGGCGAGAACCGGGGUGGGCACGCGGUUUGGCACGCGAGGUUGA